AACUGCAUGGAAAUGGCAAUACGCUGCUAUGUUUUGUUUUUUCUUUUUCGCUGUCGAUCUGUCAUUGUGCGUCUUUGCGAAGAAAUCGUUUGACAUUUGAAUUCGCGCCAAAUAUGCGUUGGAAGAUCAUCGCUUUUGUGGCCAGCGGGUAAAGCAGCAAGGGAACCGAUCGUAUACAAACCAUGGCCUCCGGUGAUAACAAACUUUUGCAUCAGCUUAUUCAAAAAUUUGGCUUAGCUAGCUAUGAUUCCCUUGCACCCAAAGCAACCGAACUGCAGCGACUGUUGGAGAUUCGCUCAUCCAGCGGUACGAUGACCAAUCUUGGCGACUACGCAAAGGCCACCCUGUGCAUCGAUCUCGCCUCCAGCCUGCUGGGUUUACCGUUCGACAACGAUACGGCACUGAAGCUGUCCGGCAUGAAGAAAGCAUCCUACGCCAACGGGCGCCGUACGUUGGAGAAAAUUCUCGACAUCAACAAAACGCUCGGUAUCGGCGAGAUCUGCGUGCAGGUGGGAUUGAGCCAGGUGCAGCAGGAAGCGGCAACACUGCUGGAAGCGUACAAACGGUACGCCGCACAGGGUCAGGGCGAGACGGAUUUCACACACCCACAGUAUGCGACAAUGGCCGUAUUUCAGGCGUGCAAGCGCGCAAAGGUGAAACCACCGAAGACGAAACUGGUCACUGUAAGUCAUUUAAAGCCAGCGCAGUGGACGUUGCUGGAGAAAAAUUGGGACAAGUUUUUGGCCACUGUGCCGGUUGGGAAACAAUUAGGGAAAGCACAGGAGGCGAGAGAGGAAACUGUUGUUUUAAAAGAAAAGGGCGAAGAAUCCAACGGUGCCGGACGGAAACAUGCAAGCCCCGAAAAGCUGGAACCGUACCAUAACUGGAAGAAACGGAUGCUUGAAAAGGCAUACCGAGAGUUGGAACAGCUGCGAGGCAGUGGAUAGAAUCGUCCUCUUUCGCCUCUAUCCGCCACAUUCCGCGAUCGAGAUAUUUAGUUGCAUAGAACUGUUAUGUCGUAUGUUAUUUUAAUGUUACCGUGCCAAUACAUUUAUUAAAGAUAUUAUUUUUGAAGCCCUCUGUACAAAUAUGGUCGUGUAAAUGUCGCGCCCCAUAUAUCGAAUCAUUUUUAGAAUAAACUCAUUGCUACAUACUCA